UUGAAGAACAAAAGAAAACGGGUAAACAAAGUCCGAGAGAUCCAGAGACACAGAGUGAUCGCCGAGAUCCCAUCCCAUUUCAGUUCAGACAGAUUUAUAUAUUUAAUGGACACAUUCUGAUUCUGAUGAUUAUAUCAUCUCACAAUCACAAUAAUAAUAAUAAUAAUCAUAUUCUUACACUUCUCAAAAAUCAUUAACUGAGAUCUAUCCUAUUCUAUUAUUAUUACAUAUAAACCCCUAAUUAUAUUGGAGUUGAAUUAGUAACAGUAAUCAAUGGAAGGAUCUCAACAACAACAACAACAACAACAAGAAGCAAGGGAUAAUAAUAAUAAUAAUUCAUCAUCAGCAGCAGCUGCAGCACCUAUUCCUUCUGUUGCUAAUUUCUGGAGAGAGUUCGAUUUAGAGAAAGAAAGGAGCAUAUUAGAUGAGCAAGGGCUUAGAAUUGCUGAAAAUCAGGAAAACAGCCAGAAGAACCGCAGGAAACUUGCAGAGAGCACCAGAGAUUUUAAGAAAGCACCAGCAGAAGAAAAGCCAAACUUGUUCAAUUCGUUACUUAGGGGUUAUCAAGAAGAGGUUGACAAUCUUACUAAACGGGCCAAAUUCGGCGAAAAUGCUUUUCUUAACAUAUACCAGAAACUUUACGAGGCUCCAGAUCCUUAUCCUGUUGUUGCUUCAGUUGCUGAGAAAGAUUCAAAAAUAUCUGAUUUAGAGUCAGAAAACAGAAAGAUGAAGGUUGAACUUGAGGAGUUCAGAACAGAAGCUACUCACCUGAAAAAUCAACAAGCAACAAUACGACGGCUAGAGGACCGUACCCGGCAAUUGGAACAACAGAUGGAGGAAAAAGUAAAGGAGAUUGUGGAGAUGAAGCAACGCAGCUUGGCAGAAGAAAAUCAGAAAACUAUGGAGGUUUUAAAAGAAAGAGAGCAACUAUUACAGGAUCAACUGCGACAGGCCCAGGAUAGUGUUUCUAAUAUGCAGAAAUUACAUGAACUUGCACAGAGCAAAUUGUUUGAGUACCAUGCUCAAUCAGAGGAAGAUACAGCAGCCAAGCAGACGGAGGUGAAUCUUCUGAUGGAUGAAGUUGAAAGGGCUCAGACUCGCCUGCUGAGUCUAGAGAGGGAGAAGGGAGCUCUUCAAUCACAACUACAAACUGCAAAUGAAGACAAUGAUACCAAAAGAAGUGAUGAUGCCGAUUCAAAUAGCAUCCUGGAAAAUUCUUUGAGUGCCAAAGAAAAGAUCAUCUCCGAACUAAAUACUGAACUUCACCGUAUCGAAACUACCUUAGCCAAUGAACGAGAGCAACAUAUCAAUGAAAUCAAGAAGUUGAAUGCACUACUCAAUGAAAAGGAAAUUGCGCUUCAGGAAAUUAGGAAAGAGCUCCAGGAAAGGCCAACCGAAAAGUUAGUUGACGAUCUGCGCAAGAAAGUUCAGAUUUUGCAGGCAGUCGGUUACAACUCAAUUGAGGCUGAAGAUUGGGAGGUUGCUACUACUGGUGAGGAGAUGAGCAAACUUGAGUCUCUACUUCUUGAUAAAAAUCGUAAAAUGGAGCAUCAACUGACACAGUUAAAGGUCCAACUCUCUGAAAAAACUUCUUUGGCAGAAACAUCUGAAAGCAAGAUAUUAGAACUUACAUCAAAGAUCAACGAGCAACAAAAGCUUAUACAGAAGUUAGAAGAUGAUAUAUUAAAGGGUUACAAUUCCAAAGAUCGUAAAGGAAGUAUGUUUGAGGAUUGGGAUCUUUCAGAGACUGGUGGAAAGGAUUUUUCUGAGAAUACAGAUCAUAAACAUGUUUCCUCAGACCAAGAUCAGAACUCAAUGCUCAAGGUGAUAUGCAACCAAAGAGACCGAUUUCGGGCACGCUUACGUGAGACUGAAGAGGAAAUUAGGCAGUUGAAGGAGAGGAUAGGGGUGCUGACAACUGAACUUGAGAAGACGAAAGCUGAUAAUGUCAAGCUUUAUGGAAAGAUCCGCUAUGUUCAGGACUAUAAUUUAGAGAAAGUAGUCUCUAGAGGAUCAAGAAAGCAAUCAGCUGAAGAUCUUGAAAGUGGCUUCAGCUCAGAUGUGGAAUCAAAGUAUAAGAAAAUAUACGAAGAUGAUAUAAAUCCUUUCGCAGCUUUUUCUAAGAAGGAAAAGGAUCUAAGAUACAAGGAACUUGGUUUACGGGACAAAAUCACUCUUACAAGUGGGCGUUUUCUGCUUGGCAACAAAUAUGCACGGACUUUUGCAUUUUUCUACACCAUUGGGUUGCAUAUUUUAGUAUUUAGCUGUCUCUACCGAAUGUCAGCAUUAAGUAACCUCAGCCAUGGACCUGAAGAAUUUGCUGGCAAUGAGAAAAUCGUAAAUCUUCCCCAUGCAAUGUAGUUCCACUCCCUGCUGAAUCAGAGACGCAAGAGGUUUUGAAAUUACUCACAUAAACCGUUACCAUGUACAUAGGCUAUACUACCUCCUUGCCAAUGUUGGUCUUACCAAUUGUGCUAAUAUCAGAAUGUAUACUUUGUUUGGUUUAUAUGGAAGUCUUACCAAAAUUGAUAUACAGUUGCAUGAUAUUUGAAUAUUAUGCUACCGUUCUUUAUAACUUUCUUAUAUACAUUUGAAAGACUAAAUUUAUAGCA